AUGUCAUCUAUAGCAGGGCAGCUAAUCCUACAUCCUAAACUCAGUCAAGCGCUGUCUCUACUGGCUACCACCAAUGGGAGAGAUAAGGUUUUUCGACUCAUCCAAUAUCUCUCUCGCCUAAUCGCAUGGUCCCUCACUCGCCGGGGUUAUGCUGAUACCGCCGAUCGCUUCGAGGGUCUCAAAUUGGGUAUGACCAGGGCUCGUAAAGCCCUGCGUCUUUUUCGUGCCGCAGACUUUCUCCAAUCCGCCGCGAAACUCGCCCAAAGUCCAAUAAGAUCUCUGCAAACAUCAGGGCAGGUGGCACAUGUCACUCAGAUCGGACGUCAUGUUUCAUACGCUUCAUUCUACUUUGCAGAUAUGUUGGCGUAUCUCGGCAGCAUCUCGGUGCUCAAAUACGAUAAAAUCCAAAUCGACAAAUAUCAACGUAUGGCUUUCAAAUUCUGGUUGUCCGGUCUGAUCCUCUCCCUCGCAUCUUCCACCGCCAGUAUGGUCAAACUUCGAGCCGACUCACGUCGUUUCGCUCUGUCGAACGAGAUGGCGCGUAGAGAUAUGAGCAAAGCAGAACGGACGCCGGAAGAACGUGCGAGAGAUGAAGAGGAACGUCGGUCAAAAGGUCGGGCUAUGCUAGCGCAAAGACAGACACUGCUCUCUCAACUCGUCAUGGACUCGAUGGACGUGUGGAUCCCAAUGACCGCGUUGGGUUAUACCAACUUCAGUGAUGGGACUAUCGGAUUACUCGGUGCUAUAACUUCAUAUAUGGGUUUACAGACCAUGUGGUACAAGCAAGCAGCAGGAGGGCGGAAAGCGAUUUGA